AGAACGAUAUAAACAUGCCAAGUUUAUAAUAUUACAGUAUUAUUUACAAACAGAGGCCAGGGUUUGAACAAUUUAAAUUUAAAAACCUAUGAAGUAUUCUCAAUUUUAAACCGGAAGAAGAAUUGGAAACAAGGAAAGUCAAACUGAAAGUUGUAGAAAAACCAUCUUUGUUUGUCAGUAUUACGUUUGUGAUAUUUAUAGGUAGAUUCUCUGCAGUUAAGGAAGCAUUCUCAGUCCUAGUAGAGCAAGAGAAAAUUGAUCAGCAAUGGAUGUCAAAAUGAGACCAAAGCUAGAUUUUGCUGAUUUAAGACUAAGUAGGGGUAUGUCGACCAGCUACAGAAUGUUCAAGAGGGAACCGGAUAAGAGAGUGUUCGUCAACCGCAGCCUCAUGCUGGAGAAGGUCAAGUUCUUUGGAUUCGACAUGGACUACACCCUAGCAGUGUACAAAUCUCCCGACUAUGAGGCCCUGGGUUUUAAACUUAUCAAGGAACAGUUGGUGCAGAUUGGCUACCCUGAGGCCCUUCUGGAGUUUGAAUAUGAUCCAACAUUUCCAAUCAGAGGGCUGUGGUUUGACCAGCUGUACGGAAAUCUGCUCAAGGUCGAUCCAUUUGGCAACAUCCUGGUGUGCGUCCAUGGCUUCGAGUUCCUCAAAGGGACUAAUAUACAUGAGAUGUACCCAAACAAAUUUGUACAGCUGGAUGAAAACCGAUUCCGAAUAUUCAACACCCUUUAUGAACUGCCAAUCAUGUACGUGCUGGCGUGUGUGGUGGACCUGUUUAGCCACGAUCCAGCCUACACUAGUGGUGAUUCACCUAAAAGCAGGAAGUCAACAGGAAUUCAGUCUGGUGACUUGACGAUGACAUAUUCAUCUAUAUACCAGGAUGUUAUAGUGGCAACUGAUAUUGUUCAUUGCAAAGGGGGUUCUUUGAAGAAAGAAACAAUGUUAAAUAAGGAGAAGUAUGUGAUCAAAGACAACAGACUGCCACAUCUUCUGGACAAAAUGCGGAAACACGGCUCAAAAGUAUUCCUAGCAACGAACAGCGAUUACGUCUACACAAAUACAAUCAUGGAGUACUUGAUGGACUUUCCAGUAAAGUCUGGUGCUACAAAGCGUGACUGGGUCUCUUACUUUGACUACGUGGUCUGUGAUGCCAAGAAGCCUUUGUUCUUCAGUAACGGGACACUGCUUCGACAGGUGGACAGGGCAACAGGAGCAUUGAAGCUGGGCACUCACACUGGGGAAAUCAGAUCUGGACAUAUCUACUCAGGAGGGUCCGUUGAGGUGUUCUCAGAAAUCAUGGGCUCCUAUGACAAGGAGGUGUUAUACAUCGGAGACCACAUUUUCGGCGACAUUCUCAAGUCGAAGAAGCUGAAAGGUUGGCGAACAUUCCUCGUGGUUCCCGAGCUGGCCCAGGAGUUGUCAGUCUGGACCGAGAAAAAGGAUCUGUACUCACAAUUGGAGGAGUUGGAUUUUCAAAUUGGAGAACUUUACAGGAACCUAGACAUGUCGUGUGAACAGGGUCCGGAUAUCAGCCAGAUCCAAGCCAAUAUCAAGAAUGUCACCCACGUGAUGGACAUGUCGUAUGGCAUCCUGGGAAGUCUGUUCAGGAGUGGCAGUUCUUUUGUGGACCCCGACAUUGAUACCUAUGGAUCACGGCAGACGUUUUUUGCGUCCCAAGUGAUGCGCUACGCUGACCUGUAUGCAGCAUCAUUCCUUAACCUCUUACACUACCCGUUUUCCUAUGUGUUCAGAGCUCCUGCAAUGCUGAUGCCGCAUGAGUCUACUGUUGGCCAUGAGGAUGUUUUGCCUCCCCACCACGAGAUUAUUGCCUCUCGCUCGCGUCUCAACAACGAGGAUGGAACCCCACUCCUGUCUCCUACUGUCACACCAAAACGCUUUCCCCUGGAACGAGCUGAAACUCUGGGGGAUAAUGUGCGCAGGUUUGCAGACACACCCCGACAGUUCACUCAAAUCCAAGACGAAGAAGGGGACAGUGACAAUUCUAAGGAUAGCGAUAAGGAGCUCACACCACCUAAUGAGGAUGAAGAAGUUGCAGGUGAAGUGAAUGGAGAGGUGGUGAAUACAGCUUAGAGGCUGCAGGUGCUGUACAGAUGCAGGUGUGUUAGCAGAUGCCCACAGAUUACAGGUGUCAUGUGCACAAACACAAAGCUGUCACGUUUAUAAGAUGAAAGACUGUUGAAGACUUUUGGUAUCGGAAUUAAAGGCUGCUUACUCAUGUAUUCAUGGUUAUUCGUAUUUGGUGAAGGGAUGAAAAAAGUUGCCGACUUAUUGUCUUUCAUACAUUCGGUUGUUUUAAUAAGUACAUGAACAUUGACAUCACUUAAAGAGUAAAAAGGUUUGUUAGUUGAUUCUCAUAUUUGGAUGGUAAUUUUGCUGCUUGUUUAUGCAUUUCAUUGAUGACCAGAGAGUAUUUUGUUUCUGCUGAUACCAUGUACAGCUGUAUAUAAUUCUAUUUAUAGAAAAAAAUAUAUGUUUCAAUGUUGGAAUAGUACCAUCACAUGUAGUAAAGAUUUUUGCUUUGUUUAUGUUCCAAUAUAUGGUUAUUUGAUGGAAUUGACUUAAGUUUUGACUUAAGUUUGAUCUGACUAAAUGAUGUGAGUAUAGUUGUUUGCUUAGAUUGACUUAAUUAUAGGACUUAAGUUGUUUGCUUUAAUUCACUUAAAUGUUGGACUAAUGUUGUUUGCUUUUAUUCACUUAAAGGUGGGACUUCAGUUGUUUGCUUUUAUUCACUUAAAGGUGAGACUUAAGUUGUUUGCUUUAAUUCACUUAAAGGUGGGACUUAAGUUAUUUGGUUUUAUUCACUUAAAGGUGGGACUUAAGUUAUUUGGUUUUAUUCACUUAAUGAUAGGACUUAAGUUGUUUGCUUUAAUUCACUUAAAGAUGGGACUUAAGUUGUUUGCUUUUAUUCACUUAAAGAUGGGACUUAAGUUGUUCACUUAAAUAUGGGACUUAAGUUGUUUGCUUUAAUUCACUUAAAUAUGGGACUUAAGUUGUUUGCUUUAAUUCACUUAAAGAUGGGACUUAAGUUGUUUGCUUAAAUUCACUUAAAGAUGGGACUUAAGUUGUUCACUUAAAUAUGGGAAUUAAGUUGUUUGCUUUAAUUCGCUUAAAUAUGGGACUUAAGUUGUUUGCUUUAAUUCACUUAAUGAUGGGACUUCAGUUGUUUGCUUAAAUUCACUUAAAAGUGGGACUUAAGUUGUUUGCUCAGACAACUAGAUAGGUAUGCA